UUUUCCUCCAUCUGGGGUUUUCUUUGUUCGAUCUAGUAUGGAAGUUGCUUCCGCUCAAAGAGUGAAUUUUAGGUUUACGAGUGCAGUUUUACGAGGAAAGCACUGGGAGUUUCCUUUACCACCAUUUGGACAAGGAUGGAUCGACAACAAAUAUAUAGAACCAAUAUUUUCACAAUACACCAAAGUUGCCUUAAGAGUAGGACAAUGAAGCUGAAGUAGAAAAUUUCAAAGCCAACAAGAUUCAAAGACUACAUUUGCAACACCACAACACAUUGGCAACACCUAAAAAGACGCAGUAGCCGAAAGUAUAACAGUUAGUAUCAGAGCACCCAGUCCAAUCAGCAUCGGUGUAUGAAAUAAGAGGAAUAAGAGUGGUGGUGGAUGUGGGAUAAAGAUGCAAACCAUAAUCAAGUGUGCCACAAAUAUGUCUUAAAGUGUGAUGAAGGGCAUGUAUAUGAGAAGCCAUAGGGUUGUGGAUAAAAAAGCAUACUUGUUGAACAACAUAACAAAUGUCUGGUGUACUAAAACUUAAGUAUUUCAGGACACGGGGUAGAGAGUAGUAUCUUGAAAUGGAGAAGAGGAUGCACUUAGUUUGGGUUUGGUAUCCACUUGAGUAGGGCAUAAUUUAAAAGAAGACAUCCCUGUGUGGUUGAGAAUUUCCUUGGCAUAUUUUUAUGAGAGAAACAACUCAAUAGAAUGAUGUGUGAUACAAGUACUAAGAAAGUAGCUGAGGGUAACCAAGUACUUGAUUGCAAAUUUUGAACUGAGAACAACUAUGUUGUAAGAUCGCCUAUAACUUAGGGGUUCUUACAAUCUUAAUCAAAGGAACGAAAGAAAGAACGAUGAAGGAAGAAUAAUGGUGAAUUUCGAAUAGAAGGAAACUGAUUUUUUUUGUUGUUUUUUUUUUUGAUUGAUUUUCGAAACAACAAUAAAGAAAAUGAUAGUGGCUAAAUUCGAUACUCACUAUAAAUCCAUGUAGCAAGUAACGACGCUCUUAAGACACAAGUGCAUGCGCCAAAUACACUAAGCAUAAGAACUUUUGCAAAUACGACUCUAAUCCAAGAAUCAUACAAACAUCGAGGAUUGAAACAAAGCGUUUUGGGUUUUCUUUAACAUUAAUCAUCAACUCAAGAAAGACAGUUUUAUUGGGACAAAGAAUCUGAUACUGCCUUUGAGGUUCUUACGGAAGCCAUGUUGAAGGCUCUGGUAUUGGGAUUUCCAAAUUUUUCUACACCAUUUGUAGUAGAGGCGGAUGCUUCAGGGAAAGGGUUAGGAGUUGAUUUGUCUGAAAACAAGCAUCCCAUUGCGUAUUUCAGCAAAGCAUUGGGAGUACGUUGUGCGGCUAAGUCCAUAUACGAAAAGGAACUUAUGGCGAUAAUGUUAGCCGUUCAAAAAUGGCGACACUACCUAAUUGGCCGACACAUUACAGUAUGGACUGAUCAGAAGAGCUUGAAAUAUAUUUUGGAGCAAAGGGAGAUCGGUGCUGAGUAUCAAAGGUGGGCUCAAAAGUUGCUGGGGUACCGUUUCGACAUUCGGUUCAAACCGAGAACAAGCAACAGUGCUGCGGAUUCCUUCUCUCGCCAUCCGAUUUUGGCAAUACUGGCUAUCAGUGGGCAUAGUUGGAUUAAUUGGGAUACGUUGCUCAGAGAAAUUGCACAGGAUUCAUUCCUCAUUAAAUUGAUAGCUGAGGUGGAGCAAAACCCGGGAGUAAAACGGGGAUUUUCGGUGACUCAUGGGAGGCUAGUGAUUCCUCACAAAUCCUCUGUAAUUGAAACAUUAAUGACAUUAAUGAGGGAAUAUCAUAACACAGCUAUUGGAGGGCAUAAUGGCGAAUACAAAAACCUAUCUUCGCUUGGCCGAGGAUUGGUAUUGGGAAGGCAUGAGGAAACAAGUGACUCAAUUUGUGCAAGAAUGCGGUGUUUGCCAACAACAAAUUGCAUCCCACCAGUCGCCAGUCGGAUUGUUACAGCCUCUUCCCUUACCCAACCAAGUUUGGGAAGACAUUUCUAUGGACUUCGUAGAAGGGAUUACAAAAUCGGGUGGUUGGAAUGCUAUUUUGGUGAUCGUCGACCGACUAUCUAA